AUGGUCAGCGCGAAGGAAGAAACGAGCGCAACAAAGGUUUAUGGCUUCAUUGGAAUUCCUGACACCCAUUCGUUGGAAACGUUUCUGAGGUGGAAGAAUAUUCCAUUUGAGAGAGUGGAAGUCAAUCCGCUCAAAAUUGAGAGCAUUUUUGCCGAUACUGACUGCGAUGCUAAAACACCCUUUGACAUCCCAGUUUUGGAAGAAGACGGGGUCUACAUCUCUGGCUCCAGCCUCGCCAUAUCGAUUCUAGAGUCCCAAGAAAACUUCGCGCGAAACAACGAAUUUUAUUCACUAGAAGAACUGAAGAAACGAUUUCCAAAAGUAAAAGUGGCUUGGCAAACCAUGGAAAGUGCGCUCAACAAGUUUUUAUUCACCCAAGAAAAAGUUAUGAACAGAUGCUGGACGCUUCAUCCCGUUCAGGAUAAAUUGGACGUUGAUAUGGAUAAAGAGACUCUUCGAUUUCAUAAAAUUACGAAGAGGGCUAACAAAGCGAGGACUUUGGCUGAUGAAGAACUAAAGCCUCUGCUGUUGCAUACAAUGCAUCUUGAUUAUUCUCAAAGUUUCCGCAACACUUCAAAAUUUUACGAAAACGUCGAAGUCCCGCUUUACUCAAAACAUCUCACUCUAGCAAGUUAUGCCCACGCCCGCAAAAGCAACUACAAAGACUAUUUAUCCGGACGCAGGAAGGUAAUCGAAAGCGGCGAAAAAGGGGCCGACCACGGAACGCUGAUGGGCUUCGAAUCUGAAGGCAUCUGGAACGAAAUCGCUUCGAAAAUCGCCGAUCUAGCAAAAAUCAAAUCGAAAAAUGUUUAUUUCGGCGGAGAAAAGCCCAAUUUCGCAGAUGUAGAGAUCUUUGGACUUUUAAACUUCCUGGACACUUAUGAGCCCGAAAUGUUUGAGAGAAGAUCUGAACACUGGAUUUUAAUUGACUGGUAUCGAGAUAUGAAGAGUAUCGUUUACGGGAAUUCUGAAAAUUAA